AUGGCAGAGAGCUCCGACGACGCCAAAGACAUCGAGAAGCUCUACGAGUACGACGAAAGGCUCGACGAAGCCAAAGACAAGUCUCAGAAUGUUGAGGACUAUGAAAAUAUAAUUGAAGCAGCUAAAGGCACUAGUAUAAAGGCAAGGCAAUUAGCUGCGCAGCUCAUUCCCAGGUUCUUCAAGUUCUUCCCUGGUCUUUCGGUUAAUGCAGUCGAUGCUCAGCUCGAUUUCUGUGAACCUGAAGAGCUUGGGUUAGUAUCUAUAAUUGUCUGGGUGCAAGCAAUUCAUGGACUUCCUCUUUUCUGCAAGGAUACACCAGAGCAUCUUUUGAAAAUUGUAGACAUUCUGUUGCAACUCCUUACAGCUGAAGAAAAUGUGGAGCGUGAUGCAGUGCAUAAAUCCCUUUUAUCCUUAUUAAGGCAGGAUGUGAAAGCUUCUUUGACAGCCCUAUUUAAGCACAUUGAGAGUGUUGAUGAGCCCAUCACGGAUGAAAAUCUUCGAGAGAGGACUCUAAUCUUUAUCUGGGAUAAGUUUGGAGGACCAGCUCAUGUGAUGUGACGGCCAUGUCAAUUAUUAUUGUGUUGUCCUAAUCCUAAAUAUGUAUGAGGACUAAGUUGCAGUAUUGGCAGGUGUUUCCUCUCAAAGCUGAGCUCUUGAAGCCUCGGGAGCAAAUGGAAAGGCAUAUAACUGAUCUAAUAA